AUGUGUUUUAUUUACUUGAUUUAACCGUCCUAUCGGUCCAUGUAGCGUGUGUUUAUUCGGAAACAGUGAAUUCGUUGCAAACAGCGACGAGAAAUAGGAAACGCUUUCUUUCUUUGUUGUUGACAUACUAACUUUGACCGAGGUGGAUUGGUUUGAGGCCUACUUUUGGAAUCGGGAGGAAUAGUUGAACACACACGACAAACAAGUCUUCUUUCUUCAAAUCUUAUUUCGUUUCUCUUCGACACUAUAAUCUGCUUCAUUUUACAAUGACUGUGUCGUUUCUCUGAGAAGAAAAAGCGGAGAAAAACUCAAAAAAACAAUAGCAGGAAAUGGUGCAGGUGUAUGCUUGUAAUGAAGCUGCCUGUGGAGAAGAAAAAGGAAAAGGAGGAGGAGGAAGUCCAUCCUUCUGAAACCCCUCCACCAGAAGAAUUUGGUAUUGUGGUCGAAUUUCUGAGGAAGAGGAAGCGACGUGGAAAGUCUGCAAAGGAAAGCCUGAUACUGAUGGAACUUGAGUCCUCUGGCAGUACAAGCGGUGAGGACAGUGGAGAGUGCUCUGACUCUGGUGUUUCCUUGAGUAGUGAUAAUUCAAAAGGAUUACCCAUCUCGUUCAGAAGGUCCUUUCCCAGGUUGGACAUUUCUCCCUCAGAGGAGAAACAAGAUGUUGCAGAUGAUUUGGUUGAGUGUUCAGACGAUCAAGCUGGACAGAGAAAUGUGGAGCAGGAGGUUUCUGUCCAUCUUAAGAGGAUCAGUGAUUCCUUUGUGGGGGAUUGGCUAAAAAGCAACCAAAAAAAUUUCAAGGAAAGUCAGUCCUCUCUCAUGAAGAUGAAGGGAAGUGAAGAGUCCUCUGACUCUGGUGGUUCCACCAGGAUUGGAUCUUUAAGGAGCUUCAAACAGUGGAAAGAGUCUGUUUUCUCCCAGGCUGCAAGAGAAAGAAGAGAGAAGAGGGCGAUGGAUUAAGUUUUCUUUCUGAAAAGAGAAGUGACCAGCAGUGGAUAUGAAACAUUUGAGUCUCCCAUUAGAAGCGGCAACUUUCUAUCAUCGAUAUCAGUCUGCUUCAAUUAUUCAUAUACAAGCAUACAAAAUACAAUAAGAAUAAACCAUAAAAAGCAACAACAGAUUGACAUCUAUAGUCAGAAAUUACAUAAGUACAUUUCCCCCCUCGAACAUACAGAAUAAAAUUCAGAGGGAAUGAUAAUGGAAAUGCCAUUAGGGAAGACGAAAAAAUCAAUCAUUUAAAAGAAAGAAAGAUGUAAACUAUGUUUAAAUGCAUAUACUUGAUGCCAAAUAGGUCAAAACUGUCAGCUGCGUUUGACACAGUUAACCAUCGCCAACCAUCUGAACGCACUACCAGUUUUACCAGGGGCGUCCCUCUCUACCUUUAAAAAAAAACUCCUGAAGACCCAGCUCUUCAGAGAUUAUCUUCAUGCCUAGCACACAAAAGAAUUGUCACUAGCACUUAUUGCUGCACUGAUGGCUCUUACUGCACUAUACCUUGAUUGUUUGCUUUUUUCUUCCUGUAAGUCACUUUGAUAAAGGUGUAUGCUAAAUGACUAAAUGUUAAUAUUUUUUUCCAGACUUGAAGUUUGUAUUGCGCAGAUAUUACAUUAUAUUACAUUGUAUUUAGUAAUACUGAUACUGGAAAUAAAAUUGGGUCUCCAUAUAUUCUA